ACAACCGGAAACAGAUAACAUCACCCGGAAGUAUAUUACAAGUCUGCUCCUGCUCUCACUACAGCAUACGAAGGACCUGAGAUUGUAAUGUUUGCUGUACUUCAGUUCUUAUUGUGAGAGACCUGUGUUAAAAUCAGAGGACGGCUACUGCCCACGGGCUGCUGUGUUGUUUUGUUUUUGUUUAUGUGACCCAUUCACAUGUGGUUUGGCAACCAUUACGUUUAUUAGCAUUAGCGCUUACCCUCUAGUGCAAUGUCAACAGCACCAGAGGCGCCUCCAGGUGAGUCCAAGACCCGUCAGAUGAUGAAGAACUGCUGGAGCUGUCGGCUCAUCUCUGGCGGAGGUCUAAUCCUGUCCGGAGCGUAUGUGUUCCACUCGGCCCGGAGAGUGAUGCAGCAAGGCACCCUCAUGUCUAUGGGCACAGUGGCACAGAUCACAUUUGCUGCUAGUUUGGCUGCAUGGGGGUUGGUUAUCAUCGCUGACCCCUUGGGGAAAGCGCAGAAGAAGACGUGAAAUCUGUGAAGAAGCUGGUGGAGGACGAGUGUGUUGAAAAAGGCUCUAUGCAGUGCUGUGCAGACAUCAUGGAAUAAAAACUUCACACCAGGCCGAAGAUGCUGCUCUGGAGUGUGUAGAAAAUGUAUUCUGUGUUUGCAAUUUAAGCGACCUCAGACAAAAAUAAGAUUGUGUAUCCUGCGACAAUGGAACUUGUAAAUUGUUUGAAUAUAAAAAAGGAAAGAUAUCAUAAUAAAGAAAGCAAUUUUACAUUUGUCACA